AUGUUUACACGGCAUGUGCAAUCGGUGAUUGGGGGUGGCAGACCUCUUGCCCAUGAUUUUGCGAGGGUGUCGGACGGAAUUGCGACGAGUUUGAGGGCUUUCAGUAGUUCGGUCAGGAGGAGUGAGGGGGAUGAUCAACCUCAAUCCUCCCGCGCAGAACGCAGCUCCAAUGCCGUGAACGACAUUUCGUCACUCGCAUCACAACCCUCUCGCGGCGGAUUCGACGCACGUUCACUAGCAGCGCGCCCGGCGCCCGGUCAAUCUCUUAGGAUUACCCGCCGUAUUGACGAUAGCGGUCAACAGGAUCGAGGACCCAACGCUCGUCAUAGUCCCAAUUAUCGCGGACGAGGAGGAGCUGCAGCUGGCAUGAGAGUUGGGGGAGCUGGAAGGGGAGGCGGGGGAGUAGGUCCUGGUCGAGGCGGUGGCCGGGGUCGGGGUCGUGGUGGUAAAAGAGGUGGCAGGAAACCCCCAGGACCGAAAGCAGAUGAUAUAGAUGAAUACGAUCCUGUCUACACAGUCGAAGAACAAGAGUAUUUGAAUAGUCAGGAAGGGGGCGAAUGGACAUCAUACAACCCCGUCACAUCGAUGUCGGAUUUGGAAAGUUGGGGGCCAGCUAUAGCGACAAGUGGGAGUACGUAUGGGUUGAAGGAAUCGAUAAUCUAUAAGAUGCAAGUAAUGAGUGGGACAUUAGCACAAAAAGAUACCCCAACGCCGCCAGCACAACAUUUAGCGAAUGUGGAGAGGGGAUUUGGGACGGUGUUUGAGAGUAAAGAGGAGAAGGAGGGGAUUGAAAAGUGGAGGGAUGGACAGGAGGAAUGGAUAGAUGAAAUUAAUUGGAAGGUUCAUAAGGAUUUUAAGUUUGAAGGGUUGAGGGAAGAGGAGAAGGAGGCGGUUCUGAAGGAGAUGGUGGCUGGUGUGUAUGAGAAACCGGGAGAUGUGAAGGAAGGUAUAUUGGGAGACAUUGAAAGGUUCGCUAGGAAGAACGAGACUUUUUUGCCAGAGGACUUGAGGUCAUUACAAGAGAAGCUACAGAGCAUGAAUUUAACGCAGUAA